AUGUUUGACUGCUUCUAUGUAAUGUUACUGUUUGUGCUUCUUGUGGGAGCCUUUGGAGCAGAGGAAGACACUGCACUCUGUGAGAUACUGGGGAGCCCAGAGUUUCCUCUGUUAUCUAAGGAAGGAGAUAUCACUAUUGGAGGAGUUUUCUCCAUCCAUAGCCAAAUAUCAAGGCCUCCGCUCACCUUCACAGAUGCUCCAGAACCUCUCAAAUGCUCCAGGAUAAAUUUUAGGGAAUUUCGUUUUGCCCAAACAAUGAUUUUUGCCAUUCAUGAGAUCAACAAUAGCAGCUCCCUGCUGCCCAAUAUUUCAAUUGGUUAUAAAAUAUUUGACGGCUGUGGUUCAAAUCUGCCUUCAACACGUGCAGUGAUGGGUCUAAUAAAUGGGCCAGAGAGGACUUUGGAAAAAACCUGCUCCAGCCAUUUAUCUGUUCAUGCGAUCGUCGGAGCCUCUGAGUCCUCUUCUACCAUUGCGAUGCUACAAAUUUCAGGGAUUUUCCAAAUACCAGUGGUCAGCCACUUUGCCACUUGUGCUUGUCUGAGUAACAAAAAGGAGUACCCCUCCUUCUUCAGAACCAUCCCUAGUGACUACCAUCAGAGCAGGGCCUUGGCAAAACUGGUAAAGCACUUUGGCUGGACAUGGGUUGGGGCAGUUAGAAGUGACAAUGAUUAUGGUAACAAUGGCAUGGCAACAUUUAUCACAGCUGCGAGUCAGGAAGGGGUCUGUAUUGAGUACUCAGAGGCCAUCUCAAGGACUGAUCCAAGUGAGCAGGUUGCCAGGGUAGUCAGAGUUAUCCAAAGCGGCAGUGCCAGGGUAUUAGUUGCAUUCCUGGCCCAGGGUGAGAUGGACAUUCUGCUUGAGGAAGCUCUGAAGCAGAACUUGACUGGGCUGCAGUGGGUGGGCAGUGAGUCCUGGAUUACAGCACGUCAUCUGGCCACUAAAGGGUACUCAAGAAUUCUAACAGGGUCUCUGGGCUUCACCAUCAGAAAAUCAAACAUCACAGGCCUGCGAGAGUUUCUUUUGCAGGUUAACCCAAGUCAAGACCCUUAUAAUAAUAUGCUGAGAGAGUUCUGGGAAGCCACAUUUGGUUGCAGUUUCCAAUCCAGUCCACACGGUCAGACCCAGUGCUCUGGCACUGAGAGGCUACAGGAUAUCAAAAAUCCUUUCACAGAUGUGUCGGAGCUAAGGAUAUCUAACAAUGUGUAUAAGGCUGUGUAUGCUGUGGCUAAUGCCAUGCAUAACGUGUUAAAAUGUGGACAAAGUGACGAAGUGGUGAAUCACCCGUGUAUCUGGAAAGAUGCUUUAGAGUCAAAACAGGUUGUGAAACACCUCCGAGAUGUGAAUUUCACUCUUCAGUCAGGAGAAAGAGUGUACUUUGAUGAAAAUGGAGACCCUACAGCGACGUAUGAGCUGGUGAACUGGCAGAGAAACCAAGCAGGAGAUGUUGUGUUUGUGGCUGUAGGGCGCUACGACGCCUCACUACCAAAUGGAAAGCAGUUUACCAUGAAUGGAAUAAACACUACAUGGGCUGCCGAAUCCCUGGAGAGGCCACAGUCUGUCUGCAGUGAAAGUUGUCUGCCAGGUUUCCGGCAGGCUGUGAUUAAAGGCAAACCCAUCUGCUGUUUCUCCUGUAUCGCCUGUGCUGCUGGGGAGAUAAGCAACUUCAGCAAUUCUGCUGAGUGCUCACGGUGUCCACUGGAGUACUGGUCAGAUGAAGAUCACAGCCAGUGUGUUCCAAAGGUGAUCGAGUUCCUAUCUUAUGGAGAAACCAUGGGCGCCCUGCUCACUGGUUUCUCAUUGUUUGGAGCAAGUUUAACACUGGUGGUGUCAUGUGUCUUCUUUUGGUUUCGUCACACACCUCUUGUCAAAGCCAGUAACUCUGAGCUGAGCUUCCUGCUGCUCUUCUCCUUGACUCUGUGUUUCCUGUGUUCGCUGACGUUCAUAGGCCGGCCCUCUGAGUGGUCCUGCAUGCUGCGACACACAGCUUUUGGCAUCACCUUUGCCUUGUGCAUGUCUUGUAUCUUGGCUAAAACCAUAGCAGUGGUGAUUGCCUUUAAGGCCAAAAGGCCAGCAAACACAGUUCCUCAGUGUUCUGCUCCGCUCCAGAGAACAAGUGUUCUUAGCUGUACUUUACUGCAGGUGUUAGUCUGUAUGCUGUGGUUGACUCUUGCCCCACCAUUUCCAUACCAAAAUACAGCUCAUGCCACUGAAAGGAUAAUUCUAGAGUGUGAUUUAGGUUCACCUAUAGGGUUCUGGGCUGUGCUGGGGUAUAUAGGACUCCUGGCUGUGCUAUGCUUCAUCCUUGCUUUUCUGGCUCGAAAGCUGCCGGAUAAUUUCAAUGAAGCUAAGUUCAUCACCUUCAGCAUGCUGAUAUUCUGUGCAGUUUGGGUCACUUUUAUCCCAGCGUAUGUUAGCUCUCCUGGGAAGUUCACUGUAGCUGUGGAGAUAUUUGCCAUUCUGGCCUCUAGCUUUGGGCUGCUCUUCUGUAUAUUUGCUCCAAAAUGUUAUAUUUUACUUUUAAAACCAGAGAAAAAUACUAAAAAACAUAUGAUGGGGAGAAACCAAUUAAUAUCACCAUAA